AUGUCUUGCGUUGACAUUAAAAAGCCUUCUUUCUGUACCAGCGAACCUUUAACCAAGGAGGCCAUUAGCCAUGCUCUCUCUGCAUUCAGUAAAAUAAUGAGGUCCUGCUACGGCCCCACGGGUAGGUUUAAGCAGCUCCACAAUGGCGUAGGAGGCUACGUUCGCACUACAUCACAGUCUUCUGCUUUGCUCAGUGGCCUUUUAGUCACUCAUCCAGCGUUAAAGCUUCUGACAGCCUCUGUGCAGAAUCAUCUUGCACGCUUCAGUGACGGUGGCUUAUUUACGGCCAUCCUUUGCUGCAGCCUGCUCGAAAAAGCAGCCACCGUAAACGUGGCUCCGUGUCCUUUCAUUCAAAUCAGCCGACACCUCUUGAACCUGUGCCUUGGCUAUCUUGCAUCUGAAGCGUGCGGUUGUAGAAUCCCGGUGGAUUUCAGCAGUUCUAAGAUUCUCCUUAACCUGGUCCGCAGUAUAUUAGCCAGCAAACGGGCCUGCAUGCUUAGCCGAAAUGAAGCCGACCACAUCAGCGCUUUGGUGUUAAAGGCCUUUCUAUUUACAAUCCCACAAAGCGUUGAAAUCAGGGUUGCACUAGGGAAAUGUCUUUAUAUACCUGUAAAAAAUAGGAGAGUUAUGGAUUCUGCUGUAUAUCCUGGACUUCUGAUUGAAAUACCUGUAUUCCAUCUGACAAGAAUGUUUCCCAUCAGAAGAGCUACUUCAUCGGUGAUCAAAAUGGUGCUUUUCUGCAUAUCUCUGUCUGGAGAUUUGCCUAACAUUGGAGAAGGAGCCAUCAUUGUCUGUCAAGGAGUUUCUUUAGAAGCAGCAGUCUUAGAUCAGUUGCUUGCUUUAGGUAAGCAAAUAGUCAGUGACGGCGUAGGCCUUGUGGUGUGCCAGAAAGUUAUCCACCCAGCCCUGAAACAGUUCCUGAAGGAGAAUCAUGUUGUUGCUAUAGAGAGAGUUGGGCUAGCAGUGAUGGAACCCCUGAAACAAAUGACAGGUUCCCAGCCGAUAGCAUCUCUUCAGUCCCUGUCCCCUGCUUGCUACGGCCAUCUGAAGGAUGUGCAGACUCAGAGUUUUGCUUCGAAAUGGUUCUUGCAUCUCAUUCCUAAUGACCCAGUUGUUUGCAGCUUGAUGCUUUGUAAUAGGAAUGAAACAGCAUGGGAUGAGCUGAAGCUUGCUUGUCAAACAGCAGAACAUGCUUUGCAAUUAACAAUCAACGAUCCCUGGGUAUUGGUAGGUGGCGGCUGUACAGAAACUCAUUUGUCCUCUUACAUAAGUCACCUGAGCUGUAGCGUGACUAGCAGCACCUUGGAAGAUCUAUGUUGUUCUUGGGCAGAAUUCCAGUUGGUAGCAGACGCCUUUUGCUACUCACUAGAGUCUGUGGCUCACUGCCUAGAACAUGACGGUGGUGACAUUCUCACUGAUAUGAAGUGGGGUCAUUGUUGGUCUGUUCCACCUGAUGUUCCUAGCGAUUCUGAUUGGUCAGACGUAGUUCUGAAGUGUGGGUGUGGCCUUUGCGAUAAACAGCCAAGUCUUCAUUGGAGGAUGCUACGAUGUCGUUCGAGGCCUUUCCCCCCAAAAAAUCGUGUUGCCGAGUUUUCCAUAACCUCUGAUGGCAAUCCCGUUCUGGACUGUUUUGCUGCCAAAAGAAAUGGCCUACAAGUGGCAGUAGAGACCGCUCACCUGCUUUUAGAUCUGUCCUAUAUAAUUGAAGAUUGUAAUUAGUUUUCUUUGCGCAUCCUGGCAGCAACCACGUCUUCUUCCAUGCUGUGAAAAAACUCUAACAAAGAGUCCCUGAAAAAGAAAUUCAAUAUUGCAUAAGGAGCUGUGAUUAGCAGCAAAAAAUCAACUCCCUCUGGGCCUCCUGCGCAUGUGGAAGCACAUUGCACAUACACCUAUGGGCUUCUUUGUAUCCUUGCCUCUUUAUUAGGAAUAGCAAAAAGUUGUUUGUUUGCAAAGAAUUCAUACCCACUUAAUAAAUCUAUAUACACAUGUGUAAAACCAUUCAUUAGGAAGUGUUAUGAAUGGAUAGUCCAGAAUGCAGCAAGGCAGUGGUGGCAAUUAAUUAAUGGAAGGCUAGACACCAUAUUGUUGCAAGACUGUUAAAGUGAUGCAGUAGGAAUCGGAACUGAAGUAAUUUUAGCCACCUUGCUCUGCUGCACCAUUGCUGUCAAAAUAAGAGCAAGCACCUAACAGCUUAAAAGCAUCAAAUGAACUAGUUAUGCAUAUAAAACACUUUAAUUCUAGAAUGAAAAACUGAACUAUGUGUCAAAUCCAGCACAAAUCAUAUCUAAUUCAUCUUAAUUUAUAUCAAAAGGCUGUAAAACAAAUAUUAGUUGCUACUUUUAAUUCUACUGAAGUUGUCAAAGGUUCAAAAUGGGUUUUUUUAGGCAUAAAUUCGCGAUGUUAACAUUUAGCUUUUUUCUGAUAUCAUUUAUGUUAGAUGGUUAUAGUUUGUCAAGAAAAGUAUGUCUGCUGUUCUAUUUGCUGCUUCCCCCAAUUUCUUUGGAGGCUUGUAGCAAAAACAGUGGAUCGUUUCUUCUCUCUCUUCCAGAACAUUUGCGAACCACAAGUUCAAUCACAGCUUUUAAAGCUCAGCUCAAAACGUUUCUUUUUUCUAAAGCUUUUAGAACUUGAUUUUGACCUUACUCUACC